AUGGACAUUCUCUCGACGAAGUGGUGUUAUAUUGAACGUAAUACAGAGCUUCCUAAAUCAGAAUUUUUUAAGGCCUUAAAGUUGGUUCUCAGCUCUUCAUAUUUUACCUUUAAUGACAAGUUCUACAAACAGACUUUUGGCGUACCUAUGGGGUCUCCGCUCUCUCCCAUUGUUGCAGACAUCGUUAUGCAAGAGUUAGAAUCCAUCUCAAUAAGAAAACUAGCAACAACACCGACAUUCUAUGUAAGAUAUGUGGAUGACAUUCUAUUGAUCACUGAAUCAUCUGAUUACAGUGAAAUUUUAGACACAUUUAAUGAUUACCAUCCACGUUUAAAAUUCACAAUGGAAGAGGGAGGAGACACCAUCAAUUUUCUGGACGUCACGUUAAUAAAAGAAGGCAGACAUAUUAUUACGGAUUGGUAUAGAAAAACAACUUUUUCGGGCCGUUUUUUAAACUUUUAUUCCUGCCAUCCUAUCUCUCAAAAAGUGGGUACCAUUUUGGGUCUGAUAGAUAAGGUGAUUUUACUUUCCCAUCCAAGAUUCCACAGGGAAAAUUUCAAUAAAAUUAUCUCUAUUUUGUUAAAGAAUGGUUACCCGCUUAGAUUAAUCUUUUCCACCAUUAAAAAAAGACUGCAGAAAAAAUUUCAACAACUAAACAAUCGUAACACAUCCACGGACCCGGUCCUUUCAUCUGAAGAUAGGAGAUAUUUUACUAUUCCAUACAUCCCAUCCAUAACGGACAAGAUAAAAAAUUUCAUAAGGGGUAUUCCGGGAUUGAAGUUGGCAUACAGGGGUAUUCAGAAAUUGAAUGCAUUCAUUAGAGUGCAAAAAGAUAAAUUACCGACCACAUCACAAGCUGAAGUAGUUUAUAGACUUGACUGUAGAGACUGUGAUGCCUCUUAUGUAGGCCAGACUGGUAGAUGUGUCGGUGUACGGAUGUCAGAACACAAGAACCACAUUAACAGAAAUACGUCUCAAUCGUCAGUUAUUACCGAUCAUAGGUUACAGACCUCCCAUGAUUUUGAUUGGGAUAACGUAAAAAUUUUGGAUAAAGAGAUGUUUUGGAAUAAGAGAUUGUUAUCUGAAAUGAUCCAUAUCAAGAGGCAAAAAAAAGGUCUUAACCUACAGAAUAACACAUUAAAACUUGAUCCGUUAUAUGAGAGUCUCUUUUCAGUUUCGUAA